GUGGCACGUGCACAAUGGGGUGCUCAGUGCACUGGCAACCAGCGACCGGCAGGCGCAAAAAUUUAAGCCGCCUCCACCGGUCUUCUGUCUGGCCCAGUGUGAUGCGCACCGCGGUGUACUUGUCGGCCGUCGCUGCAGUUGCCGCGCUAGCGUCAGGAGAAGCUACUUCGGCCUCGAAUCAAGUCGGCCCUCGCGUUGUUACCAACGGGACGUCGGCGAUCACCGGCAGACGAUUCUUUUGCUCAAAUCAAUGCACCACUCCGAACUGCCGCUGCAUCGAUUGCUAUACCCCCAAUUGCGUUUUAGGCCCGGAAAAGUGUGGAAAGUAUUGCAUCUGUACCUGCUCGUUCGACGGGAUCCUAGAUUCAAUGAAGGAGCAAUGAGUCAAAUCUUCGAAUAUUGUGCAACAGACUGAAGGGCAAUUAAAAAUCCUGGAACAACUUUUUGAUGGUUUACGAGACCCAGAUUAAGAAAAAUCAGAUAAACAAAACAUUAUCCAUGGCUUACCAUCUAUCCUACAGAAAUGGUUUUACACUUCGUGCCCCUGGUCUGUUCUGUCC